AAUAAAAAUUGUAAAUCUGAAAUGUGCGAAAUGUGUGUGAAAGAAAAUAAAAUUCAGUAUAAAAUAAUUCGCGUUGAAUUUGAUUGAUUAAUUUGUAACACAGAAGCGCUAAUUUUUUUAUUUUAUUGAGAAUGUCUGCAGAUAUAAGGUCAUUUUUCCAAGUAAAAAAAGUCCAGACGAAGAAAAUAGAAGAGGAUGAUGAUGUUAUACCUGAGUCACCUGAUGUACAAAUCAUAAAUAAGGUGCGUACUUGUAAGAAGAAAACAAAAAAGAGACCUAUCAUUUGUGAUGAUUCAGAUGAAGAGAUAUUUCCUAAAAAAAAUUCUAAAAAGCCCUAUAAAGAAGCCAGCAAAACAAAAAAAAUAAGCCCACCUAAACCUGCCCUCAAGGAAGUAAAAAUUGGCAAUCUGUUUGGAACUGGACCCAUUAAAAGGACAGAGCCACUUGUGAAAAAAGAAAAGAAAAAGACCGAGACAGGAAUUCACUCCGAUGAUGAUUUUGACAAAAGCCUCCUUGAACUUGAUGUAGAUGAGGGUUUGCAAACAAAUGAAACCAUAAAAAAUGUUAAAAUUGAAAAUAAUGAGAAAAAUUAUGUUAGCAAAGAAUCUCCAGUUAAAGAUAAGCAUUUAAAGGAAGAAGUAAAAUCUCAUGAGAAAAUUAAAAACAAAAAACCUAUUAAUGGUUCUGAGUCCAAAAAGGAUUUAAAGAAAGAAGUGAAAUCACCUGAGAAAAAUAAAAAAAAUAAACCAAGUAAUAAUGUAGAUUCUGAAUCCAAAUCAAAGGAACAAUCUUACAGUGAGUUGAAGAAUGAGAAGAAAAGGAAGUUUGCUGAAUUUAUUGAUGAUGACCAAAAAGUUGAUCGUGUUCAAAAUAAUAAAGAUAAAGAUAGUACUAAAAUUAUGGAAGAUUUGGAUGAUUCUACUGCAUGCUUUGACGAAGAUGUGGAAGAAAAUCAUAAAAGUAAAAAGAAAAGAUUGGAAAAGAGUCUGAAUGAGUCUGCAUUAUCAGACGCUGAAAGGCAUGAAAAACGCCGGUAUUCUGCAGCUUUAUACCAAAACUACCUAAACAGAACGGGACCCAAACAUUUGGGAGCUAAAGAGAUACCAGAGGGUCCACCAAACUGCUUAAAAGAUUAUGCAUUCCUAUUGACUGGCGUACUUGACUCAUUCGAACGAGAGGUCAUCACAAAUGCCAUCACAAAAUACGGAGGUUGUGUGAAGAACAGUAUUAGUAAAAAGGUAACACACGUUCUCGCUGGCGAGGACGCUGGGCCUGCAAAAAUGGCCAAAGCACAAGAAUUAGGAAUCAAAAUUAUCAACGAAGAUCAGUUCCUUGACAUGAUUGCCCACCCAAAUACAGAUAAAGGCAAAUCUGAGGCGAAAAAAGAAAAUAAACAACACAAAGAAAAAACGCCACAUAAGAAACAGAACGGUUUAAAAAAAGAACUAAGCAAUGAAAACGAAUCAAAUGUCAAGGAGGAUUUAAAUGGAUAUAAAAUACCUAAAAAAGAGGCCAGUAAUAAAACUGAAAUCAAUGAAGAAUUGAAAGAUGAUAAUAUUGCCAAAUUGAAGAAUAUAUCAAAAUCAUGUGAAACACCUAAGUCUGAAGGUGUAUCGAAACUGAAAGAGAUAUCAAAAUCAAGUGAUGAUGUGACCAAAUCGAGAGAUGCAUGCAAGAGUGAUAUGACUGCGGCUUCGCUGAUGUGGGUCGAUAAAUACAAGCCUAGGAACGUGAAACAGAUCAUUGGGCAGCACGGAGACGCUAGUAAUGUUAAGAAAUUGACAAACUGGCUAACGAAAUGGUACGUGAACAGAAAAGCGAAGCUACCAAAGCCUAGCCCGUGGGCCAAGAACGACGAUGGCGGGUAUUACAAAGCUGCCCUGCUUUCAGGCCCACCGGGAGUUGGUAAAACCACCACCGUCUCGCUGGUAUGCCAGGAGUUGGGCUUCGACAUGGUGGAGUUCAACGCUUCGGACACCCGCAGCAAGACGCUCAUCAAGGAGCAGAUUGGGGAACUGCUCACCACCAACUCCCUGUCGGGUUAUGCUAAAGGUGUGACAGGCAAGCAAGCUGUCUCCAAGAAACAUGUAUUAGUUAUGGACGAAGUGGACGGCAUGGCGGGGAAUGAAGAUAGAGGCGGCCUCCAAGAACUAAUCAACUUGAUCAAGGCGGCGUCGGUUCCCAUCAUUUGUAUGUGCAACGACAGGAACAGUCAGAAGAUGAGAUCUCUAGUCAACUAUUGCUAUGACAUCAGAUUUAGCAAGCCCCGCGUAGAACAGAUCAAGUCAGCGAUGAUGUCAAUAUGUUGCAAGGAAGGCAUCAAGGUGCCUCCUGACGUGUUGACUCAACUCAUAGUGGCCGCCAACCAGGAUGUGAGGCAGACGUUGAACCUGCUGUCUCUGUGGGCUUCUGACCCCGAGCUGAUGGAUGGAGACAACCUGAGACGGGAUGCGAAGAAUAUCAAACGUGAUUUGAAGCUGGGUCCAUGGGAGGCGGUAAGGAAGGUGUUCUCGGCUGAGGACCACAAAACCAUGUCUAUUCACGACAAGAGCGAUUUGUUCUUCUACGACUACAGCCUCGCGCCACUAUUCGUGCAAGAGAACUAUUUGCAAGUCACCCCGCAUUGCCCUAAAAACGAGAUCCUGGACCGCGUGAGCCGAGCGGCCGACAGCAUCAGCGCGGGCGACCUGGUGGACGCCAGGAUACGGCGCUCCCAGGCCUGGUCACUGUUACCGCUUCAGGCGAUGUACGCAUCAGUGAUCCCGGGCCACGAGCUGUCCGGCCACGUGUCCGGACAGGUGGCGUUCCCGGGCUGGCUCGGGAAGAACUCACGCGCAGGGAAAAUGCACAGGCUGUGUCAGGAGGUGCACGCGCAUACGAGGCUGAGCACUUCGGGAUCCAAAUCCUCCAUAUUCCUGGACUACUGCACCCACCUCCGAGAUGCCGUGCUCACUCCGCUCAUCAAAGAGAAGACGGAAGGCGUAGACAAGGCUCUGGAAACUUUGGAGGCUUACCAUCUGUUGCGAGAUGAUUUGGACUCGCUAACAGAGUUGUCUCUGUGGCCCGGACAGAGAAAUCCUAUGGUGUUGGUGGAUUCUAAGGUGAAAGCAGCAUUGACGCGCGCAUACAACAAAAAGGCGACUGCUUUACCGUACGCGCCCGGCGCCAUCAAGCGAGCGAAACCCAAGGACGAUGAUGAAGUUGUGGGCGACGGCGAUGACGAUCAGCCCGACGAUGACGAGGCCGAGGACAGUGACCCUGAGAAUGACGCACUUAUAAAGAAGAAAAAAGGGAAGGAAUCUGAAAAAGCCAGCAAAGAGAAAGCAGGCUCCAGCAAGGAGAAAGCCAGUUCAAGUAAACAAAAAUCAAACUCAAAAGAUGCCAGUAAGAAAUCCAGUAAAAGUAGGAAGUAAUAAUGAGGUUGAUUUUAUUUUUUAUUUAAUUAUUGUACUUUUGUGAAAUUAAAGUGAUAAUUAUGAUA